AUGAGCGCAGUAGACCUCAAUUACGGUGUGACUGUCGCUGAGACAGAAGCUAAAGAUUAUCAAGUUUCCGGUGACAAGGUCGAACCAGUCGACGAAGAUGUCCAGUGGACUGAAGACGAUGAGAAGACGCAAAAAUCAGCUCUAAGAAAGCUCGACUGUACUUUGAUACCUGUCUUCAGUCUGAUUUUCAUGAUGGCCUCACUUGAUCGUUCAAACAUCGGAAACGCCAAUCUAACUGGCUUCUCCACUGAUUUGGGCUUGGUGAAUAAUCAGUUCGGUGCUGCGGUCGCUGUGGUCUACUCAACAUACGUCAUCUUCGAGCCCAUAUACUCUAUCUUGUUGAAGAUUGUCUCCGCUCGGUACAUGUUGACCUGGUCAAUCACUUGUUGGGCUGCAGUCACUAUCGGUGCUGCAUUCGUUAAAAACUACCACCAGCUCCUGGCCACCCGAAUCCUACUAGGCGUUUUCGAAGCAGUAUGCGCUCCAUCCAUCGCAAUCUACCUCACAAUGACUUACCGAAGGACAGAGUAUGUCCGACGACAGACUGCUAUCCAGGCAUGCUCCGCGUUGUCAGGGGCCUUUGGUGGUCUACUUGCUUAUGGUCUCUCUCAGAUCGACCACGCGGGAAUGAAGGGUUGGCAAUGGAUGUACUUGGUCGAGGGUUUGAUCUCAGCGUGCCUGAUUCCUCUCGCGUGGUUUGUUAUCCCCAACAGGCCUUCCGAGCUUCGAUGGUUAAAUCAGGCGGAGCGCGAUGUUUUCGAGAAGAGAGCGUUGUUGAACAGAAAGUUCUACGAUGAGCGUGACCAAUUUUCAUGGAGACAAGUGAAAAACGCAUAUGCCGACUGGAGAACCAUGGUUCACGCUAUCAACCACUUUGGUAUCGACUGCACUUUGUACUCCAUUACUACUUUUAUGCCUACUCUGUGUGCUGGUUUAGGCUUCACCACAACUGUUCAAGCUCAACUUUUGACUAUCCCUGUCUACGCCAUCGCUGCCAGUGCAUUCAUCGCUGCCGGUAUAUACUCGGACAAGUAUAAGCUUCGAUCGCCAUUCAUCAUCUUCGGUUUGACCGCCAACAUUAUCGGAUAUAUCAUGCUUGCCGCAGCACCCCAGGUCGGCGUACGUUACGCAGGUAUUUUUAUCGCCUCCAUUGGUCUAUACAUCCCCACCUGUCUGAACAACUUGUGGGCUGCCGAUAAUCACGCGCCUCACUACAAGAGGGCUACGACUUGUGGUACUAUCGUUUUCAUCGGUAACAUCGCUGGUGCCGUUGUGCCUUUGGUUUUCACGGCUCAGACCAAGCCGCGUUAUUUGAAAGGUAUCUACUUUGUCUUGGGAAUGACUGUGAUGUCUUUGUUCUGUACUAUCGCUCUACUCAUCGGAACCGUUCAGAAGAACAAGAAGAAGGCUGAACAGAUCGCUGCUGGAGCCCCUGAUAACCAUGAUUUGGGGGAUAAAAAUCCUCACUAUCCCUUGUUCCUAUAG